UAUUAGCGAACUAGUUUUUGGCACCGUAGAGAUUCAGGGAUAGGUGUGUGUAAGGAGCAUAUUAAGUUAGAACAACAUGAGAGGCGAGAAGAGCUACUCUUGAUCAUUUGACCUUACAUAUAUAGUUAGUUAUAUUUAAGCAGGAUGGAAUGAUCGAGAUUAGCACUUUUCAUGCCGUCGCCUAAUACGCUCUAUAUAUCCAAGACUUACUCCUAAAUGUUAUGGGAAGGGAAGUUACUGGCAUACAGGUUAUGGAAAAGAAGCCAAAUGGUGCCAUAGCGGCUUCAAAUGGCAGUUUAAGUGAUAGAAUGCGUGUUUCUCCCAAAAUUGCAGCAAUGGUUCAAGCAAUGGAUCAUGAGAUAAAGGAAUCUGCUGAAGCUAAUUCGUUUGAGAAACAUCACGAGAGGAAAGAUAGUUUGAGUGCCAAAAACACAAAAUUAAAUGCUGGCUUGCCAGAAGAGGAGAAUGAGAAAUCUGAUCAGGUUCCAAGCCCCUCUGCUCCACAGCCAUCUGAUCAGGUUACUGAAAAGCAUGUCACCCAUGCACAGGCUGUUGAUACUGAAGCUGAUGCAAGUGGUGUGAACUUAUCUCCUAAAUCUAACAAUAUACAGUCGCCUAAUUCCUCUAAGAAUUCAGAGCCAAGCUCACCUUUUUCACCAAGGAAGUCCUUGCAUCAUGAUGAUAAGAAGCACCAUGAUGAUGAAGAUAAUUGGUCUGUUGCUUCCUCUAGCGUUGCAUCUGCACGCACUGCCAAAUCUAAGGUAACUGUAGGUUCAGCCCCUACUUUUAGAUGCUCGGAUCGUGCAGAGAAACGGAGGGAGUUUUAUCUGAAGUUAGAGGAGAAACAUCGAGCUCUUGAAGAAGAAAAAAACCAGUAUGAGGCAAGGAAAAAGGAAGAGGAAGAUGCAGCCAUUAAACAGUUGAGAAAGAACCUGGUCGUCAAGGCAAAACCAGUACCAAACUUCUACUAUGAGGGGCCACCCCCCAAGACUGAACUCAAGAAGCAGCUGCCACUGACUCGCCCCAAGUCACCAAAACUGUCCCGGAGAAGGAGCUGUGGUGAUGCUGCUGGCGUAUUUCCAGAAAUUUCUUCUCGAGGACGUCACAGUGUUGGCAAUAACCCAAAACAUGGUAGCCUUGUCCCUCCAAAAAACAAGGACCUGGUCACUGGACGCAACAGCAAUGGCACUAGCAAAACCAAAGAACGACCAAAACUGGAUAAGGAAACAAAAACAGCUCCUCCUAAAAUCACUGAGCAGACAAAUGCGGACAUAUCGGUCCAAUCAUGAGCUUCCCAGGAUUUUACUGACCUCCAGCUGAGAGGAAAAUAGCCUUCAUUGUCUUAACAGAUGGAUACUUUGCAGAAAAGAUGGCCUAAUUUUCUUUUCAUCCGGACUGACAUUUUUAUGUGAUUUGCUUGUUUUUUUUUUUUUUUUAAACUUGGAAGUGUAUAUGUUUUGUAAGUUAUAUCGGCAGCAUUGUUUUAUAUAUAAAAAAUAGUUAAUGUAAGAUGUAUGUACCGAUGUACGAAAUUUGAUAUCCUCAGAUUGCUCCAGACAUGGUUAGGGAAAUUUAUAUGAAAUAUAUUCCUUUAUUUGUAGGAUCUAUAACUUAGAAUUAGGUGGUAAUAGGAGCUGGAUUUCAGGAUUUGGCAUUACUUAGUAGAACAACACAUCUUCAAUCUUGAUUCUUGAUCUAGUGAUACUUGUUAAAACAAUGGAUAUUUCUACAAUUUGAUUAAUCCAGAACUCAGCUUAGAUUU